AUGAACGAGGCUAGCAGAGAAGACGAGAUGGCUAAGGGAAAUGCAAAUCCGUGUGAGCCUGUAUCCGUAAAUCCCCACACAUUCCCCUGCCCUCUCCCAACAUCGAGAAACACAAACGUAACAUCCCCCAGCACCAUGGCAAGCAACGCCAAGAGCAGCCUAUCGCAGCAGGGGUGGGGCAGCAGCAGAAGCAGAAGCAGAAGCAGAAGCGACAGCUUAGACAGCACGAGCAGCGCCCCCAUCAAGCCCCACACGGGGGGCGAUGUCAGAUGGGACGCCAUAAGUUGCGCCAAUUCAAGAGACUCGCCUCUCGGGCUGACCAAUUUUCGUCUCUUGAAGCGGCUCGGGUAUGGGGACAUUGGGAGCGUCUACCUGGUUGAGCUCCGUGGGAGCAGCAGUUUCUUCGCGAUGAAGGUCAUGGAUAAGGCCUCCCUCGCCAGCAGGAAUAAGCUGCUUCGGGCGCAGACCGAGAGGGAGAUUCUUGGUCUACUCGACCACCCUUUCUUACCCACCCUUUAUUCUUACUUUGAGACUGAAAAGUUCUAUUGCUUGGUCAUGGAGUUCUGCAGUGGGGGUAACCUUCACUCCCUUCGCCAGAAGCAGCCCAACAAGCAUUUUACAGAGGAGGCUGCCAGAUUCUAUGCCUCAGAGGUGCUUUUAGCGCUUGAGUAUCUCCACAUGCUAGGGAUAGUGUACCGUGAUUUGAAGCCCGAAAACGUAUUAGUACGAGAGGAGGGACAUAUCAUGCUCUCCGACUUCGACCUGUCCCUCCGCUGCUCCGUCAACCCAACGCUCGUCAAAUCCUCAUCCACACAAGCCACAACAGACGCCAUCUUAGACGACGAAAACGCCGUCCGCGGCUGCAUCCAGCCAUCCGGCUUCCUCCCCUACUUCCUCCCAAGACAGAAAAACCGCAAAUCCAAGUCCGAUUUCGGCCUAGGCAGCAACCAAAACUCCCUCCCAGAGCUCAUGGCCGAGCCCACCAACGUCCGCUCCAUGUCCUUCGUCGGGACCCACGAGUACCUCGCCCCAGAGAUCAUCCGGGGCGAGGGCCACGGGAGCGCCGUGGACUGGUGGACGUUCGGCAUCUUCUUGUACGAGCUCCUCCAUGGGACGACCCCCUUCAAGGGAGCCGGGAACCGCGCGACGCUCUUCAACGUCGUCGGGCAGCCGCUCAAGUUCCCGGAGGGCCCGCAAGUGAGCUCCACGGCGAAGGAUCUUAUAAAGGGGUUGUUGAUAAAGGAGCCGCAGAAGAGGAUUGCCUACAAGAGGGGCGCCACCGAGAUCAAGCAGCACCCCUUCUUCGAGGGGGUGAACUGGGCGCUUGUUAGAUGCGCGACGCCUCCGCACGUGCCGGAGCCCGUUGAUUUCAAGCAGUUUGCCAGUAAAGAUCCACCGCAAUCCGAUAAGAAGAUUGAGGACAGCGAUAAGAACCAGAACCAGAACCAGAACCAGAACCAGACCUCCACGGCUGAUUCCUCCUAUGUUGAGUUCGAGUAUUUUUGA